AUGGGUGCCCAAGAGUCUAAGCCCCAAGGCCUCACAUGGAAGAUCUCGGGACCGCCAAGCGUCUCUCUCCCGGUCCUUGAGACGCUCCAAACUAGCCCCGAAACGGAUGCUUCCCGCGCCAAGCUAGUCGAGCAACACAUCCAAGCUCGCGUCGCUGAGGAGCUCAAGAGGCUUGAGAAGCAAGAGUCGGACGCUCUCAAGCUCGCACACGAAAAGAUUGCCGAGGCCGCCUCUUCCUCCGAGGAGGACAAGGGCCCCAGCCGGUACACCGUCGGCAAGGAGAUUGAGGAGCUGCGCAAGAAGCUCGAGCAGCGGAAGAAGGUGCGGGAUCUGCCCGAGAGCGUCGACGCGGCGCGCAACAGCGUCAUCCGGUGCUUGAGGGAGAAUGACAGGAAACCGCUGGUGUGCUAUGACGAGGUCGAGGCGUUCAAGGCGGAGGUGAAGAAGAUGGAGAGGGAGUGGAUCAACAGGAUCACGGCAUAGAGCUGUCUUUUUUUUGAGAAAUAAUUGAAAAUGGGGUCGAAGGGGUCGGUGGGAAAGAUAAAGCAAAGAAGGGUGAAAAAGAAAGAGGGAGAUGUGACGGGUAUAUAGACUUUCUGGUGACAGUGAUCUGAACACUGGCCGAAUAUCAAGCG